UUACUGGUAUGAUCCAUUGUAAGAAAAGAAGGAUAGAAGAAAGUGAGCAAUUUUCGGGUACCCGACCCAGACAAGUCAAACCGUGCCCACAGACACGGGAAGUUGUCUCCUUCUCUUAAGCCCUAAAACCCUGUAAGCAAUUACUUCAACUCGCCACUUGGAAGAAACCUCACCAAACAUUGCCUCCAAGAUGAAUUUUAACAAUGUGAAUGUCCCAAAGGUUCCUGGUGGCGGAGUCGCUGCUUUGCUUAAAGUUAGCAUUAUUGGUGGGCUUGUUGUUUAUGGGGCUGCAAACAGCUUGUACAAUGUUGAGGGAGGUCAUCGAGCCAUUGUCUUCAAUCGUGUUGUCGGUGUCAAGGAUAAGGUUUAUCCUGAAGGGACACAUAUUAUGAUUCCUUUGUUCGAGAGGCCUGUGAUCUACGACGUACGUGCACGACCUCAUUUAGUAGAGAGUACAUCAGGGAGCCGUGAUCUCCAAAUGGUGAAAAUUGGACUCAGAGUCCUUACGCGCCCUGUUCCUGACCAGUUACCGACAGUUUAUCGAACCCUGGGUGAGAAUUAUAAUGAAAGGGUCCUGCCUUCUAUUAUACACGAAACUCUCAAAGCUGUAGUUGCACAGUAUAAUGCCAGCCAGCUCAUUACUCAGAGAGAGAAUGUUAGUCGAGAAAUAAGGAAGAUAUUGACUCAGAGGGCGUCCCAAUUUAACAUUGCUUUGGAUGAUGUGUCAAUCACAAGUUUGACGUUUGGGAAGGAAUUUACAGCAGCUAUUGAAGCCAAGCAGGUUGCUGCUCAAGAAGCUGAGAGAGCUAAAUUUGUUGUAGAAAAAGCUGAACAAGACAAACAAAGUGCUGUUAUUAGAGCUCAGGGUGAAGCUAAGAGUGCCCAGUUGAUUGGUCAAGCUAUUGCCAAUAAUCCUGCGUUUAUCACCUUAAGGAAAAUUGAAGCUGCAAGGGAAAUCGCUCAGACGAUUUCAAAUUCUGCCAACAAGGUUUACUUGAAUUCAAAUGAUCUCUUGCUGAAUCUUCAGGAGUUAAAUUUGGAGCCCAGUGGGAAGAGAUAGUUGUGAGGCUGAAUUUACUUAAUUACUUCAACCUCUUUUUCCUAGUAUCAUUCAUUUUCACCUGCAUGUGCGUGCGUUUUAUCACCUGUUCAAAUAUGAGAUUCAGCGUCACAAACUGAUGGUCAUUAUCAUUAAAUGGAGCACCUGAGAUAAGGGAGGUUCAAUCAGGGUUUAUCCAUUUUCAGCGGUUCUGAUCUUGAAUAGUCUCUAACUUUGUCGGAUGUCAAGGAUUUGAUAUUGAUAUGUUCAGGCUCAAUUAUGUUGCACUGUUGACUCGAUUUGUUGACUCCACCUCCAUAAGUUGCAUAUACUUGUCCUAAUUGUGGUGCUAUAUACCCUGUUAAAAUAAAAUUAUCCUAAAUUGUA